AUGGAUGUGUCUAAUGCUUCGGUUCGUCCUCCUAUAUUGGAUAGUAGUGGGAAGAACUAUUCCUUGUGGAAAACUAGGAUGACGAUGUACAUAAAAUCCAUUGAUGAACGUGCCUGGGUUGUUGUGUUGGAUGGAUGGACUCCACCGCGUGUUACUGAUGAUGUUGGCAACAUUACUCCUAAACCAGAAAGUCAAUGGAGUGCAGAUGAACGACUCAUUUCCAGUCACAACUCCAGGGCUUUGAAGGCUAUUUUCAUCUCAGUUGAUGUUCCUUGUUUUCGCAUGAUCUCUAACUGUGUUGAAGCUCGUGAUGCUUGGUUUAUUUUACAGGAAAAAUGUGAAGGAUUAACAAGUGUUAGAGUAACAAAAUUGCGAAUGUUGACCACAAAGUUUGAAAUAUUCAGAAUGCAUGAAGAUGAGACUAUUCUAACAUAUUAUGAGAAGUUGUGUGAGAUCUCAAAUGAGGCAGUUGAUCUUGAAGAACCGAUCAACAACAAGAGACUUGUAAGUAAAAUGUUGAGAUCACUUCCGGAAAGGUAUAACAUGAAAAUUUCUUCUAUUGAAGAAACUGCUGAUGUUACUUCGAUUAGAAUUGGUGAUUUGGUUAGUAUGUUAGUAGCUUUUGAGACGAAUCUUGAGCAGCAAAAACCCGGUUACUAUCCUAAGAAUGUUGUUUUUCAUGUUGACAAAUCUGCUUCUACGAUUGAUGUUACUGACAAUGUUGAGAGCGCAGAUGUUGAUCUGGAAGAUGAUGAUGAUGUUAAUCUUGUCAUGUUGGCCAAGAACUUCAACAACAUGAUGAAGUCUCUGAAGAAAGCGAAGAACAAAUCUGGAGGCAAAAGGAUGUCAAUGGGAUCCUCAUCUAACAUCUGUAAUGUUAAGAGUAACUACAUUAGUCCAGCAUCAGAGAUUAUAAAUGGUGACAACAUUCAAUGCAGGGGUUGUCAAGGCAUGGGUCAUUAUGCAAAUGAGUGUCCUACAGUUGCAAGAAAAAGACAAGCUGGACUUACACCCGUCCUUUGUUCUUUUUCAAAAUCUGAGGAAGAACAAUUUUUGUGGUCUGCAACUAUUAAUGAAGAUGAAUUGUCAGAAGCCAGAGUGAUAGAAGUCCUUGAAGAGCUUGAUGUUAUCUCUGAUGUUGAAAUAUCUGAUGAUGUUACUGAACCAGAUUUGACGAAUGUUGGUGAUAAUGUUGAUAACAUUGUUUCAAACAUUCAAGAUGUUGAUGAUAUGGAGAUCUCCACUAACACAACAAACUGGUAUGAAAUAAUCUUUCUUGGUAAAAUCAAUACUAACAUACCAGAUGUUUCUUGUACUGCUGUUGUUGAAGAACAGGUGAUUGAUCCACUGAAAGAAAUGGAGAACAAUGAAGCCUUGUAUGAAGAAGUGGACAAUCAAUGUGGAGAAUUGAUGAAUGACCUUUGUUUGUUGCUGGAUGAGAAUCAAAAGUCGAAAGAUGAGGUUACCAGAAUUGAAGGCCUUCUAACACAAUGUGUUGUUGAAUUGGGUAAGCUCAAUGAUGAGGUUGUCAGUGUUGAAAGAACAUUUGAGCAUCUAAACAAAGGUACCUCUGAUCUUAACGAAGUGUUGUCUCAAGUUCAAACUGGUCAAUGUGGAUUAGGAUACAUAACUGAAGGGCUCAGUAUGUUGAAUGAACAUCACAAUACCACUGUGUAUGCUAAGGAGAGAAAUAUUGGAGUAAUCAUGGAAAAUGUUACGAACAUAGGAUUUUCACAUAAAGAAAAAUCAAAGAGGAAGCUUAAAUCCUAUGCAUGCCAUUAUUGCUCAACUUCAGGUCACAUUAAACCCUACAGUGUUAAAUGCCUCAGUGAUGUUGAUGAUCUAUCUGACAAACAGAUGUUUGAUAGUUACCAAACGAAUGUUAGUAACAUUAGCAGGUUUGUUUUUGGAGCAAUGUCCAACACUGAAAAAGAUGACGAACCUUGCAAUGUUAUAUACAUAUUUUUACAUGCUAACAUCUCUGAUAGUUGGUAUUUUGAUAGUGGUUGUUCAAGAUACAUGACAGGUUCUAAAGCAUUGCUCACUGACUAUGUCUCAACAAAUGGAGGAAAUAUUACUUUUAGAGCAGGCAUGUUGGUGAAGUUUGACAAGAACAUAUGUGAAGUGUUUGACAACAUCAAUCAAUGUGUGAUGAUGUGUAGAAGAUCCUCUGACAUCAGCUACAAAUUUGAGGAUGAUAACAUUUGCAAUGUUACCAAGCUGAAUGAUGUCAAGCUAUGGCAUCAAAGACUCGGCCAUGCUGAUCUAAAAAAUCUCCAGAAGCUCAUUGCAAAUGAUGUUAUUCGUGGACUCCCUAAGUUUGUGAUCAAACGAGAUGUUGUAUGCCAACCUUGUCAGAAGGGGCAGCAACUAAGGACUGCAUAUCCAAUGUUGUCAACAUGCAACACCACCAGAUGCUUUGAGCUACUACAUAUGAAUUUGAUGAGUCCUAUUGAGGUAGAAAGUCUUGGAGGUAAGAGGUAUGUUCUUGUUUGUGCAUAUGAGUACUCAAAAUAUACAUGGGUUGCAUUCAUAAAAAUAAAAUCUGAAACUUUUUGUCAGUUUGAUAAACUGUAUAAAAAGUUUUGUGCACAAUAUGGAAUGAAUGUUGGCAGAAUCAUAAUUUAUCAUGGAAAAGCGUUUGAGAACUUAUUGUUUGAUGAUUUCUGCACUAACCAUUGUUUUCUUGAGUACUCGACUCUCAAAAUCCCUUAUCAGACUAGUGUUGCAGUAUGGAAGAACAUGAUACUUCAAGAGAUUAUGAGAGCAAUGUUACAUGCAAAGAGUUUGUCCAAAUGUUUGUGGACUGAAGCAGUCAACACUGCAUGUCACAUUAUCUAUCGAGGUUACUUGAGACCAGAUGAUGAAGAUGUGUCAGUGAUACUGGAAGAACAUGAGGAAUCUGAGCAAACAUCUGAACAACGGAGAAAUGUGAAUGUUGACCCAACAUCGGAUGCAACAUCCAAUGACUCAACACCCGAACCUGAGUCAGUUGAAAACACAUCAGACCCGAUGAUGAACAGGGAAGACAUCUUCUUCAUGACUCCAGCAGGUGCGAUCCUCCAGGACAUGUUAGAAAGAAUCACACCAACACUCAGCUUAUUGGUGAUGUGUCAGAACAAAUGCAAACUCGAAAGAGGAAGGAGACCAGCUACAAAGAUAUGGUAA